AUGGUGGAUAGCGAAGAAUAUACGGAUUUUAGUUCGCAAUUCCUCGAUUCAAUAUUAGAAGUUGAAAUGAAAGAGGAUGACAUAGAAAUUGAUAUUCCUAAAAAUGAAGAAACCAUUGUCAGUUCUAGAAAAUUACCACCUAUACCUACUUUUGAUCUGCAAAUGCAAACUUUUAAUUAUAGAAAUGCUGGGAAUAGUUUGCUUAUUCCAAAAGAAAUUCCUAAUACAACAUUAAAAAUACCAGUGCCCGAAGCAAAUUCAGUAGUAGUUACAUCAGGAAAUAAAUGCUUAGCUGCAGUGUCAGAAAAUGUCAAAGAAGUAUUACCUGUACAAAUGUAUCCUGUUAAUACUACUGAGAACAAUUUUUUAUCCAGUUGUGUUGCCCCAAAAUUAAAAACAAAUAUUAUUCCUUCAGUUGAUGUUAACAGUAGUAGUUAUACAGAUAAAAUAUUAAUGACUAAAUUUCUCAAAAAACUUUUUAAACCAGAAUACACUAAACAUGUUUUUGUUCAAAAAGAUAACCCAAAUGAUGCUUUAAAACUAAAAAAAGAAGAAAUGGAUUUUUACAAAGCAUGUUUUAAAGAUAUAUCAAAUGUGAGGCUUUGCAAACUUCAUUGCACAAUAUGUAACAAACAUUUGGGUUGCAGUUUAAAUGUUGAAGCAAAAUUAGUAUUUUAUGGAGAUGGAAAUUUUCCCUGUGAUAACAGUGAUAAUAGUGAAACAUAUUGUAGAUGGUGUGGUCAAGGUGGAAAUUUAAUUUGUUGUAAUUUUUGCCAAAAAGUUUUUUGCAAGAAAUGCAUAAGGAGAAAUUUUGGGAAUUCAUUAUUAAAAUCGAUACAAAAUGCGACAGAAUGGGCUUGUUUUUGCUGUGCUCAGAAGCCUUUAUGGCCACAUAGAGCUGUUUGUAGGGCAUUAACGGAAUUCAUAAAAUUACAGAAGUCUGACCCAAGUGCCUCUCUAAAAGAUACAUCUGUUUGUUGCAGUAAACCGGAUAAAGAGGUUAAAACGUUAAUUGAAAACAAUGAAAUAUUGACGCAAAAACAAAUUAAAAUCAAUACCAUACCUAAAAUCGUUUUUAUGCAAUUAAAUAAUAAAAAAUGUAACGCGCUCCAUUCAAAAGCUACAACUCAAAACGACCAAUCCAUUUUAAAAAAUAACCUCUUAUUAAAAUCUAAAAACGAAACAAAAAAUUUAAUGAAUCGAAAUUCGAAAAGAAAUAAAAUAAACAUUAACAAGAAUGAGAAACCGGAUUUGAUUAAAAUACAAUCGUCAAAUCACACACCGGAAAAUACAAUAUUAAGAAAUUUUAUUUUAGACAACUAUACAAAAAAUUUAAACUCUUCAAUCCCUCCAACUCAAACCAUUCAAAGUCCCGUAUUACACGGUGAAACAUUGAUAACUCCUCCAGGAUCCAGAACAACAUUAAAACAUAUCAAAUCACCCAUACAAAAUGAUUCCAAUAAAUCUCAUCACACGCCAAAAGUCUUGCUAAUUAAUCCGACAUCAAGUUUAAAUGCACCAUCUGAUAUAACAACGGUUACAGUUCCAAAUGAUGUACAAGGAUUAGUAUUGAAAAUCACACUUCCCGAUGGUAAAAUACAAUAUGUAAAAUUAAUGCAGGAAGAAAAAAAAUUAUCAACUCUCGAACAUAAUUUACCAGAGCCUAAUUUUAACUCAUUAAAUAAUAAAACAUAUCUUGAUAGUAAUCUAUUAAAAAAAUAUGAGGAUUGGAAAACUCAAACAGGAAUUAGUUUAAGUGAUGAAAAAAAAUUAUUUAAAGAACGAAAUGAUUCCGACAUAGAAAUUCUAGAAGAAUCUGAAUCUAGUUCCUGUCACAAAAAAAUAAAAACUGAGAUUAAAGAAACGGGAAAAAAUAAAAGUUUUAAUAAAAGUUGUCAAAGUAGAAUAAAUAAUGUUAAAAAUAAAUACAAACUCCCCGGGAUAACGGUUGUUUCUCAUAAAAAAACUGGAAAAUUAAAAGAUAUUUCAUCGGUGAAAAGAAAAUAA